CCGCACAUGUUCAAAAAGUUACUUGUCAUUUAGCAACAACACGUUGGUUACCAAAAACAAGAUCACCUCCGGGUGAUGUUAGUGUUACAAUUAAUCUUUGGACUUUUCCUCAUCUGGCACCAUUCUUAUUCGUACUUUCUCUUUCUCUCUUCAAGCCACCUUUCCUUUCUUUUUCUCUCUCUAAAUCCGAACGACUAAUGGCUCAGAACCAUUGGCCCAAACCUGAAAAACACACCGCCACCGCUAUGUAUCCACCGCCAUCCACCUCCUCUUCCUCACAGCAAAAACGAACGGUUCAAACCGGUCUAACCAGGUACGGUUCGGCUCCAGGUUCGUUUUUAACCAGAGCGGUUGAUUCUGUUAUUGGACCUGACCGUGAAUUCUCCAACUUAGGAUCACCUUCUCCUUCAUUAGUCAGUCAUCAUCAGUACUUCUCCGGUGACUCGUCCUCGCUCACAUCCGAGUCAACUUGUCAAGUCAACUCGUCUAAUGAUCCUAAAACUGGCGGUGGCGGAGGUGGAGGUGGAUUACAGAGAUCGUAUGGGUUUAACGAGAUUAAUGGAUCUUUGGUUAGGCAGAAGAGCUCACCUGCUGGCUUUCUAUCCCAUAUGGCAGCCGAAAACGAGUUCUAUGUGCAAGAUUUCAACUUGAGAGCAGGUUUUUCAAUUACACCAGGGUCUGGAGGAUAUAGCUCCCAUAAUGGCACAAAUGGUGGCCACACAGUAUCAAGAUUGAAGUCCCAAUUGAGCUUCACUAGACAAGAUUCUCUUUCUCAGAUAUCUGAAGUUAGUGAGGAUGUUAUUGAAGGCAUCGGCUCUAACAAUGGCCACCAGAAUUCUCACCAUUCUUAUCCCUCUUCAAGCUUUGGGAUUGGGUCCUGGGACAGUACCAAUUCCAUUGCAUUUUCUGGACCACCAAGCAAGCGAGUGAAGAACAUUGACGGAGACAUUUUUAACUGCCUCAACGGCUUAGAAACUCAGUUUAGUUUGCCACAGACAAGUCUUGAGAUGGGGACUGUGGAGAAGCUAUUAAAUAUUCCUGAGGACUCCGUGCCUUGCAAAAUUCGUGCCAAGCGUGGCUGUGCCACCCACCCACGAAGCAUUGCUGAAAGGGAGAGAAGAACCAGAAUAAGUGGGAGGUUGAAGAAACUACAAGAUCUUGUUCCUAACAUGGAUAAGCAAACGAGCUAUGCAGACAUGUUGGAUUUGGCAGUUCAGCACAUCAAAGGCCUUCAAACUGAAGUUCAGAAACUACAAAAAGAAUUGGAACAUUGUACAUGUGGUGGAUGCAGACCUAACGCAUGACAUUUUGGCUAACUUAGUUUUCAUGAAACAAGUUUUUGAAGGCAAAGGGCCUGAGGUAAGGCUAACUUUGUUGUUGUACCAAGUUUAACUCAAUAAUGCGAAGGUAGAAGAGUAGAAACUCUAAUUGUAUAUAGUGAAGUAAAACAAGUAUUGGUAAUUUGUAAAACAUCAGAAAAGAUGUGUAAAGUGGCAUUCAUUGUCUUCUUUUGAGUAGUUUGUGAUCAUUCUGAGGAUGAUUUGGUUUUUUAAAUUUUAUAUGGCUUUUGAAAUUCUAUAUACU